AUGAAGACAACUGGUAUAACUCUUUUAUCAAGUGUAGCACUUGAUGAGCCUUUGUCAUGAUCCUCUUUUAAUAGUUCGUUAUCGUUCCUCUUUAUUUAUUAACAGUAGUACUCGCUGCGAAGAUAUUUCUGAAACAUGGCUAAUAGCGUGAACGAUACGUCUAAGCCACCAUUCUUCGCAUCCUGUUGCUACACACGAAGCGGAGUCUUUCUCUUAUGGAGGAAUCACCACUGGUGUCUGUGGUGCUGUUACUGUUUGUACUAGGCAUCUUGUGGUGGAGUAGAAGUGGCAUAUUGCGUACAAGUGGUAGAGUAGAACUGGCAUAUUGCAUAGAACUGGUAGAAGAAGAGGUGGCAUUCUAGGGCACAUAUUCAAUCAAAGUGAAUCACUGGGUACUUGCACAUCAAACAGUUCCGUUUUAUUUUUAUGUUUUAUCUUCAUACAUUUGCUUGCUGCCUCAGCAGCGACGGCGGAGCUGGUCGGUUUAUCAGUUCUACCGGUUUCUAUUAAGGCUUAUUUUCAUUACUCGUAUUAAUAUUCACCUUGCUUAAGAGGUAGCUAGAGGCAGCUUUGAUAUGCUCGCAAGGGGAAAACCGUUCAAGACGCACUUGCGUCAUCUUCUUCGGUAGGUUCUCCUCUUGCAGCGUCAUGGUGAGAUCCAACCUGCUGAAUACCGGCACGCUCUAACGCUAGGAUACGCGUACUUCUUAUAUGGCGUAUUGUUGCUCGUUUUUGUGGGCUAUAGGAAUGCAACGGAUAUCACCGAGGAUUGCGAGGUCUCCGAUGCGUUGGAAGCAAUUAUUAUGGAAGACUAGAAAGAGAGGUUAAGGCAUCCCGCCGAUGGCGUAGUAUGGUCGUUUGGGAUGCAGUAUGAUAGAUGAUGUAGAAUAAGUUAAGGUAGCAUAUUAUGGACGUUCGAGUUCGUAAGGUUAAGGAAGCAUAUUGUGGUUGUGCCUAGUAUCUCUGGCCUCGUGCAUUGAAAUUCUGAAGACUGUAACUACAGUGCGAGUGACACGAAGAGUGGUCAAGGAGUUGGUUUUGUGAUAGCUUAGUUUAGAAAUAGAAGAAAUAACAAGACGCCCUUUUGCUUGAUCUAGCUGGGACUUCAGCCGGGGGGGCUUUGGUAGCAUUGUAACUUCAUAUUUUUCAACUUGUCAUGACGUGUCUAAGUUGAAGGACAGAGUAAGUGGCCAAUUUCACUCUUCGUAUUGGACGCGGACCCGGGAAGGGCUUACGCAGUUUUACGAAAAACCAAACUGACUAGGUCGUGGAGAUUGUGCUAUGAUAUCAUGGAUUUUUUUGCUCCUGGUAGUCGUGCUUACCAUCAUCAACUAGCACGCUGGAAGCAUGGAUUCUAGUCCUGGUAGGCGUGCAUAUUUCCAUGAACUCGCACACUGGAAGCAUGGAUUUAGCUCCUGGUAGUCGUACUUACUAGCGUAUUUGUUCGUGUCGUGUCGGCCCGCUUCUUGUAUAUAGUAACUGCAGGAGUUACAUCUGGUUGUGGUACCACAUCAUCGAAGUGUAGGUGAAGUACGCUUUAAUUGUGAUAGUGAUGAUGAUAACGAUGACACGCUCACUCCGUCACAAGUGAGCCCACUCCUAUCCUAUCCUAUGACAAUAAUGAUGACGAUUUUCAUCACCUAUUCUGUGGGAUGUAGGUCUCGAUUUGUUGAAAUCUCUCAUAGUUAUCAUGUCCAGCAUGCCUUAGCUACUCAAGUUUCAAGAUCUACACCAUCUUUUUGCUGGAUCCUCAGGAAUUGAAUUCAUUUAUUAGGCGAUAAAAAACCACUUUUUCGAGAAUUCAACUUCAAAAUUCGAAAUUUGGAGCAAUUUCAUCCACAUUUCCAUCAUUCUGGAGGUUUUCUAGGUUCGUGGUACCUGGAUGUGGAUGAAAUUUGUGGGCCAAAUCCCAAGUAAUCAUCAAGGAGAUCUUCCUCUUGCAUAUCGUUCUUCUUAGACGGAGUUAACUACAAGUACGACUACUAAUACUACUACUAAUAAUUAGGUAACUGCUUCGACAACUGCUAUUUCUGUUGUUUUUUGUUUUGUGUACUAUACUGGUAAGUAGGUCGUAGUUCUAAGAAGCCACUGAAUGGACCGGACAAGCUCUGGCUUGCGACAGCGAUUGGAAUGUCCACCAAGCCUGUCCUGCCGCAGAUUAUCGCUUUCUCCAGGCAGCUGUCACCGGUUUGUGCGUCGCGGUUAUGAAGAUUGGCAUCUUGAGAAGCACAAGUGACAAGCACAAGUGAAGCAGUUGGCUUAGAGGUUUAGGCGUUGGCCUGUUUACUUAUCAGCGGUUCAAAGUUUUUCCUCUUCGACGUGCCCCGAGAUGAACGACGACUGUGCUUCAUUCUUCUACGGAACUUGUUUCAUUCUUCUACCCUACUGCCAAAACGCAUCCUCAUCUUCAUUCCUUUCUGGUUUAAAGUCGUGAGUGCUACGAUGUUGCAGCGUGCUUUCCGUUAUUUUUCUAGGAUGCCUAGGGAGUUGAUAAUGGCUGGCAACGCGCGACGUCGUACCUGGACAGCGUGGAUCUGGGAUGGCUUGUAUGGUUUCCUGGCUAAGCAAGGUCCUUUGCUUCACCGCCUUUUUUCUGCCCUGGAGGUGCUUUUCUUCGCGUUACUAGCAGUGGGUUGGGGUACGAGCAUGUGCAGGGGGGACCUGCGGUACACGCGAGAGUGUCUCGAAGGAGACAUGGGAUGUGCGAUGUAUCGGAUCGCGAAUUUUAAGGCUACAGUGAAUGUUCAUGCAUCCUCGUCUUCAGGAUCUUCUUGAUCCUCCCAGAGCUUCGCGAGCGAACAAAACGGGCGCCAAGAAAGAUGCGCUCUCCAAGAAGUGGGUCCUCUCUCUCCCUGUCUCUGUGACAGAGAUGAGUUUCGUCUCUAGAAGUCGCAUCCUUCUAGUUCUAACAACUGCAGAUAUUUCUACGCUUUAGUGCAGAGUGCCAACGGACCGGCGCGUGAGGAGUUCCCGGAUUGCUACGAUCAGAGUAUCUAUUCUCCUUUCUCGGGACUGGCAGAUGUCCGCUUUCUGACCGAGCAACGCUGCUUAAAUUAUGGCUCACAGUAUAAUUCCUGAUCUUAAAAAGGAGAAGGAUCUUCUAUUUAUUCUCAUUAAAUAAGAAGCAUCUUACCGGGUAGAAAUCGUCAGGGAAAUCUUAGGCAUUCAGCCGAAGAGAUUCGUGUCAUCAAGAAGUAUCGUCUUUGAUCCCCAAUUCUUCAGCAAAGGAAAGAAAUACUCGCACUUCUAACCAAAGGAAGCUUUUCUGACCGUAGACGUUCGUCGUGCGGCGAAUAUGAACGACUUCGACGUCCUAAGUUUGGCUGAUGACCGCGAUGUUAUGUCGUAAAACUUCUAGGACAUUUCGGUGAAGAAGUAGCUUUGUUCCGGAUGUAAAUUGAUCAUGUGGUAUUCUAGUCGUUCAGCUUGAGGUCGAAAAGCUGGCGCGCCAGCGCAGGUCGUCAUCUCUAACGAUAGCAGUUCCGGUCGAUGGGCGUGUCCCGUUACGAGUAAUUCGUGUCCGUUUUCAGCGGACUGGGGAGCCGUCGUAUGUGCCUGUCCGGACCAGCUCAGAGGCAUAUUAGAUGCAACGCUUUUGGGAAACUUGUUGACACAGUGUAAAUAUGGCAACAUUCCUAAAGUCACUGGGCGUCUUCUAUUAUAUUAUCGUCAAUUUGAUUUUUGAGCGGUGGCUCUUUCUUAAUUUUUGUCUAUGUGUGAUUAUCAAUAAUCAAUCACGGGUGUCAAGAUAGGACAAUGUAAAUGUGUGAUUAUUGGAUGUCAAAAUAGGACUCCAACAAGAAUGUAAUAGGACUAUAUGUGUACAGGUCAAAGACGACAAGGGAGCACUCCUCAAUCUACAUAGGACUACAUGUAGAGCAUGGGUACUCGUAUGAUAUCUAGGCGAACUCAGUUGUUGAAGUCUUCACAGUUGUAGAAGACUUCACUCCAGCUGACGUACAAGUUCUCGCCUCAUCUCUAAUCACAUCUGAGGCGAGGCCUGACGCAGGAAGAAAACACGAUGCAGACACCUCUGAGGCAGGAAGGAAGCACGACCAAAACCACUUGGGAUUUGACCCAGAAAGAGACGACUUCUAAGGAGUUCCAGGAAGACAGGACGACCCAGCCAUCAAUGGAGGAGGUCUUGAAGAAGGCACACCAGCCAUCAAUGGAGGAGGUCUUGAAGCAGAAUCCGCCCUCUUCAAUGGGACAGUCGCAGCCCUCUUCAAUGGGACAGUCGCAGCCCUCUUCAAUAGGACAGACGAGGAUUUUGCAACAAGGGUACAAUGUUGAGGUGGAAGCCACCGCAUGUUCUUGGGGUUCUUCGGAUGACAUGCAAAUUAUGUCGGGGUAUCUACUUGUACUCGAGCUCGCCUAUUAUAUAGGAGUUCAUAUUUCCAAAGGAUACAACAUAAGGAAGGAGACUUAAUUUGAUCGAAGAACAUCCUGCGUCAAAGUCACCGAAAAUUUGAGUGCUAAGCAGCCGUUCUUGAAGAAUGUAGCCUUCUCUAAGAUUAGAAUUUUUGGGGCUGCAGAAAGAUUCCUGUUUCAGCACUUGAAUUAAUGCUGUUUGAGCACUUUUAGGAAUCAUUCCUCUUCAUAUAGUCCCUCUCUGUGUAAGUAUUGCUAUCAAUUAGUAGCACACUUGUCGAAUUUGAAUUCAUUGCUUUUCUACUUCUCAACAAUAGUGUAGAAGCAAAAGUCUUUCCUUCUACUUCCCCUCUGCGCUACAGUCCUCCCUUCUACUUCCCCUCUAAACAGGACUUCGCUUUUGACGAGGAGAACUGUGAUAAAACGUCCUGGCUCUACGACUGGAUACAGAUUUUAGGCUGCGUCGGAGCUGUGUUACUCCUGUCUUUCGGUCUAGUCUCCGCCAUAUGGAUAGACGCUGAGGUGGAGCCGUGGUUAAGGAGGAUCCACUAUUGAUUAAUAUAGGAAUGGCGACUUCUUUCGAGGCUUGGCGACCUUCUUUUGGGCCACCCAUCCUCUUCGUAGGGCGCCCGGAUUCAUCUGCUUUGCUGGGUUCUCCGGGCCGCCGUGGCAGCGUCGGGUGGGGUGUGAGGAGUUGGUGGCCCAGGUUUAGGAUGGUUUAAGCCGCCUCUCCAACAUGCCGCCUUGUCCCCAUCGGUGGCCUUGUGCGGUAAGUAGGAUUGCACGUUAGGAACGCUUCGAAAAUAGUACAGGAGUAGGCUUCUACUAGGCUGGUGAUCAUAGUUAGUAGAGAAUAAGGACGAUAAUCAACAGCAAUCGUCCAUUUCCUACUUUAGAUGGAUCACCUCCUAUCCUGUUCUAUCCUAUUCUACCCUAUCAACAAGUCGAUGGUAAGAGAGGUAUAAGCAUGAUGACUAUAAUGUAUGAUAAUCGAUUUGGAAUGGACCAAGGACCGAACCAUAGCUAUACUUCGCCUCUAACUUUCUUGUAUAAUUCGCUCGAUUGCAACCAAGAGCCGAAGAGCCUCUUUGCGAGAAUAAUCCGUUUUCUGGGUCCCUGA